AUGUUUGGAGUCAUGUUUGGAAUCAUGUUUGGAGUCAUGUUUGGAGUCAUGUUUGGAGUCAUGUUUGGAGGGAUGUUUGGGAUCAUGUUUGGAGUCAUGUUUGGAGGGAUGUUUGGAGUCAUGUUUGGAGUCAUGUUUGGAGUCAUGUUUGGAGGGAUGUUUGGAGUCAUGUUUGGAGUCAUGACGGAGCUUGUCCUCCUGGAAGCUGCAGACCCAGGGUCUGACCCAGUCUGGUUUUGUGAACUCUGUGAUGUCAUGUGUGUCUUUACAGGAAGUGAGUAUAAUAUCCCAGUGUGCAUCUGGCUUCAUGAGACCCACCCGAUGUCAAGACCUCGCUGUUUCGUCUGUCCCUCUGUCUCCAUGGUGAUCAAUCCGUCCUGUUCCUUUGUGGAUGCCUCCGGCAACAUCAGUCUGGACGGACUUACAAACUGGACUCAAGGCGUGUCCAACCUGUCUCGGCUGGUGUCAGAGAUGAGACGGGCCUUCCAGAGGGACACACCCCUUUAUGCCAGGUGUCCUGUCCAAGCCCCACCCCCUGCAGGUGUGCGAGUGUCAGCUGGAAGUGUCCAUCGUCCCUCUGCCUCCUCCUCCACGUCCUCCUCUCCACAGAGAGACCUCCUCUUCCUCACUUCCUCUCACCAGUCUGGACUGAAAGCCAACCAAUUGGAGCAGAGCAUCGAGGUGAGGAGGUCGUACACCGAGGAGCUGCUGGGGAUCGACUUUAGCGCUCCGCUGUCCUCCAACAACCACAGCAACCCCUUCAUCAGCUCCUCUUCAGGUGCCCCCCCUGCAGAUCCUCUCAGCAGGAUGAUGGGAGCUCUAAGGCUGGACUCAGAGUCCAGCAGUGUCCAUCCAGGUCAGUCACCUGUACGGACGCUCCAAUCAGAGGCAGCCAGAGACGGAUACACCACAGGCCCUGGACCAGCAGCUGGACUGCAUCAGGAGCGCGGGACUGAGAGACGUCAGUCAGAACCAGCAGAAGGAGAGAACAACUUUAAGAUGGCGUCCUGUCUUCCUGAGGACAAGGCGUCCAUCUUCCUGUCUCUGAUGACGAUGGAGGGACGGAGCUUCAGCGCUGGUGAUGUCAUGGAGGCGGUCCAACUGAACAGAGAUUUCCCAUCAGCCCUCAAGUUCCUGACGCACAGCUGCCCCAUCUGCCAGGACCAGGUGACCUUCAGCAAGAUGGUUACCAUGACACACUGCGCCUGUUGUCUCUGUCAGUCAUGCUUUAAGUCGUUUUUCUCGGUGGCCAUUAAAGAGAAGAGCAUCGAUCAGCUGGUCUGUCCUCAGUGUGGUCGACCAGAGGUCAAAGGUCAGGGAGCAAUGGAGUACUUUAACCUGCUGGACACACAGGUGAGGGGUCAAAGGUCAGCUGACUCAGGUGAGGGGUCAGAG